AUGGGCGGCGGUCGGCACUCUAUGCUGAUCGCGCGCGAGCCCGUGGCCCCGGUAACGCAGUUAGGGAGUGCAUUGGGGGUCAAGUUGAGCGGCGAGCUAACCUCGUUACGCGACACAGAGAGGGCGGGGGCGGAGGGCUCGCUUCAAACAGUGACGUAUGUGUCUCCAUAUCCGAAAGACACGAGACCAAAUUUGAAGUACGUUGACGUUAGUUCAGUUUUGGACCAAAUCGAAGAUGAAAAAGAAUCAGAUUUACCAGAAGACAUAUAUUCUCCACGUUACCUAACACUUAUGGGCACGAGCUUCGCCCAACAAGUCCUCAGACAUUCAAGUAUGCGGGAGUUAAUGGUGAAUAGCUCUAUAGAAUUUGAUGCUGUGUUGGUUGAAUGGUUUUAUACAGGCUUAUUCGCUCCUUUGGCUGCGCUAUUCGAAUGUCCUUUGAUCUGGUAUGCUCCUACUGGCAUCUCUUCGCAAAGCCUGAGUCUUGUAGGCCAUACUCCUAAACUUGAUGAUCCUUCAAACUCGCUAGCGCACAGGAUUCAUCACAUGUGGUUCCAGAUCUACUUUUCUGUUUGGAAUUACCUUCACAUAAGUAAAAUAGAAAUACCAGCUUACGAGGACUAUUAUGGAAGUGCCUUUAAAACACGCUUCAGAUUUUUGCCUACUUAUGAGUUUGCGGCGGCCAAUGGUUCCUUACUACUCCUUAACUCUCAUCCGCUGCUUGGAGCAGUGGUACCUUUACCAGGCAAUGUUAAAUUUAUUGGAGGACAUCAUAUUGCUGAAGACGUGUCACCACUACCUAAGGAUCUAAAAAAGGUAUUAGACAGCUCAGCAGGUGGUGUAAUCUAUGUGAACAUGGAAUCAAACUUAAUAAGCAUGGACAUUCAGGAUCAAAUAACACGUGAGCUUAAAGAAGUAUUUAGUGAUCUGGAACAAACUGUGAUUUGGAAGUACGGUGACAUCUUGGUGAACUUGCCUCAUAACGUCUAUACUUUAAAGAAUCCUCCGCAACACAGCAUAUUAAGUCACGUCAACACCAUUGCUUUCAUCAACCACGGGGACAUGAAUUCAAUAUUAGAUGCAACACAUUUUGGGGUUCCUAUGAUAACGCUUCCAUUGCUGAAAGAUCAAGCAGAUAAUGUGAAUAUAGUGGUCAAAAGAGGUUGUGGUGUUAAAAUGAUCAACAAAGACUUAAUAUCGGAAGUUAAGAAGUCUGUCGAAGCAGUUUUGAACAAUAACAGUUACCAAAUCAAUGCCAAGCAGCUUAGUUCCAUAUUUCACCAUCGUUUGGCGCCACAACAAACGGAGUUUAUAUAUUUAGUUGAAGCAGUGAUCAGAACCAAUGGCGCCGCCCAUCUCCGCUCGUCUAUCCCCGAGACUCCUAUCAUAGAGAGAUAUAACGUGGACAUAAUGUCGUUGAUACUUAUGAUCUUCUGGUUUCUUACAAAGGUUGCCAAGGUUGUUAAAGUGCAUACUAGUCGUGAAGAUCAUGAGAAAGAAGAUUAG